AUGGCUUCUGCACUCUUCAUGAUGAUACCCCAUGGCGCACGACGGGCCUUUCGCCGGAUAAAUGAACAGCGAAUGAACGAGCACGACCAGGCAGACAACUCAAAGGCUCAAGACUCGAAUUCCGAGACUUCUGAAUAUAAACCAAGUACUUGGGACGUUCUCCAUGUGCGCGCUCUUCUCCAGUGGAGGAUGGGGUUCCCCGUCGAGAUCGUGGACGAGAUCAUCGACACAGCCGAGUACUGGUUAUCCACUACUGCAACUAUGACCCAGCCAGAAAAAGGCACGCACCGAAUAAUCAGAAAAGACCAUGACCAAGUCCUCCUCAAGACAGUCCCGCUCUGCUACGACCGCAAGCAACUUGAACGCUCCCCCGACUCUCCACGACCACUCCCCCACCGAUCUUCUAACCACCCAUGCCGCAAAAUCGUGUUCCGUCUAUCGUCUCACGACCAGGGAUCGGGUCGUAUCCAUCCGAACAUGUACGAACAUUCCUGGACGUGGUUCGACGCGGAAAUCAUCCGUGGCGCGCAUGCGCAGAAGAUGUAUAUCGACGGUGAGGAGCGAAUACUUCUGCCCAAUGAAAAGGGCGAAACUGCGAUAUCGCGCGAAUCUGGCGAUCCUUUACUAUUGCCAGGUGCAGAGAAGAUCCAGCUUAAUGGCGCCCGUGUGAGUGAUACACAGGAUGUCGAGAUCGUCUGGCAUUAUCAGGAUGAUAUACAGCCCGAUUCUCCGGCAGCCAGUGAUAUUGAGAAGGCCAAGGGUCGGGGUCGGGCUACGCUGGAUGGACGGUUUGUGCGUGAGAUGCAGGUCGGGGAUUCUAUUGCUGUUUGGGCGCGGGCCCGCUUCCCUGGGUGGUCGAAUCAUGUCUACCGAGCCUCUGUGACUGUCUACUGGGCUGUCUAG